AUGGCAAUUCUCAGGGCUAUUACCUUGGUUCUGUCAUCAACCGCCGCGCUCGUCGCCAGCGCAUACCCCCCACCAGAGGCAUGUACUGGGAAUUGCAUUGGUAUUGACCCGGCAGCCAUCCGCCGUGACGAUGGAACAUACUUUCGAUUUAAUACAUUCGGGAAAAUCCGGAUUUAUAAGGCUCCAUCCUUUACAGGUCCUUGGACGCUCGAAGGCCCUGCUAUUCCAGACGGAUCCAUCAUUGACAUUCCGGGAAGAAAUUCCCUUUGGGCUCCCGAGGUGCAGAAAGUCGGCAACCAGUAUAUAAUGUACUAUUCCGUAUCGGAAGGGGGGAAGCGGCUCAGCGCUAUUGGGUACGCGACCUCUCCAAACAUGGAAGCAGGCACGUGGACCGACCACGGCAGCACGGGCAUCUCAACAACGGAGAACAGCGACCGCAACGCUAUAGACCCGGCGUUAAUAAAAGACCCGGCUACAGGGAAAUACUACAUGUCGUUCGGGUCGUACUGGUCGGGGAUCUGGGUAGUCCCCAUGAACGACGCCGCAACCCAAGUUGCAAAGGACGCCAAAUACACCAAUAUUGGUCGGCAGCCAAACAGCGACCACGCCUGGGAGGGUAGCAACAUCAUUUUCCAUGGUGGAAAUUACUACCUUUUCUUAAGCGCGGGAAAGAGCGGUGGCUUCGACGAGAACAACCUUCCACCUCCUGGUGGCGAGUAUAAGGUCAAAGUGUGCCGCAGCAAGGCCAUUACGGGGCCUUACGUAGGCCCUGCCGGCAAAAGCUGCAUGGAAGGCAAUGGCCUAGUACUUCUUGGCAGUCACGACAAUGUCUAUGCGCCAGGAGGACAAGGUAUCUUUGAUGACCCAGACCUAGGCACCGUGAUGUACUACCACUAUGCAAACCGCAGCGUUUCUUACAAGAAGGACGACUUCCAGUUUGGUUGGAAUAGUCUUAAGUGGGUUGAUGGAUGGCCGACCUUCUAA